CAUUGAAGAGGCGUGUGCGAAAGUUUCUUACGGGUAGAUCUGUGGGACAUGGAACUGUGCAUUAUAGAUAAUAGAAAUCUUCAGCAGUGGGAUAGACCUACGGUGUAAUCGACUUGGACUAUUACAUUUUCACGCAUAGGCCUACAGCAGGUGUAGGCCUAUUCUGCCAUCUAUGAACUUUCAAACCUAAAACAUAUGGACUCCAACGAUGUUACGUUGACAGGCGGUGGCCAGCCCAGUCAACGGCUGUCCCGUCAACAAAUACUCACCAUGAUAGCAAUGUCAUCUAUCAACUUCAGCUCCAUGAUAUGUUACUCUGUAUUAGCUCCAUUUUUCCCAAAUGAGGCAAAAAAGAAGGGUGUGAGUCAAACAGUGAUUGGUCUUAUAUUUGGAUGGUAUGCCUUAUGUGUCCUGGUGGGAUCAUUGCUAUUGGGUAAAUAUAUUGUGCAGAUUGGGGCAAAGCUGAUGAUCAUUUUGGGAAUAUUCGUUUCGGCUGUGUGUACUAUUCUCUUUGGCCUGCUGGACAGAGCCGCUGCUGGGACACCGUUCAUCGUUCUAUGCUUUGUCAUUCGGUCAGUGAAUGCUGUUGGCUUUGCUGCUGCCAUGACGGCGUCGUUCGCCAUCUUGGCUAAAGUGUUCCCCAACAAUAUAGCUACUGUCUUGGGUUGCAUGGAAAUAUUCACUGGCCUUGGUCUCAUCUUGGGACCCCCGAUAGGUGGAUGGCUGUAUCAGGCAUUUGGUUAUGAAAUCCCAUUUAUAGUGCUGGGAGGUCUGCUAUUCCUGAUGGUUCCAUUCAACAUCUGGCUCUUACCCAGUCAAGAUGCAGAUCCAUCCAGUGACUCCUUCUUCAGGCUGUGCACCAUCCUGAAGAUCCCCAUCAUCUGCUUCGUGGUUCUCACCCUCAGCUCUGGUCUCGGCUUCCUGGAUGCUACUCUGUCAUUAUUUGCUAUUGAUAAGUUCUCCAUGACUCCUGGCACGGUGGGGCUGCUGAUGAUUGGUCUUUCUCUCCCUUAUGGCGCUGCCUCUCCCAUUUUUGGCCUGCUCAGUGAUAAGUACCCGUCUGCACGGAAAUGGAUGAUGGUGAUGGGAGGAAUGACAACAGCAGUAGGUUUCUGUCUGCUGGGACCAAUCCCAGUCAUUGGGGUCAGUAGUCAACUCUGGCUGACCGUUUUGAUGCUGGUUGUCAUCGGGUUUUCUCUGUGCAUGACCGCCAUCCCCACUUUUGCGGAGAUGCUCAUAUGUGCACACGAGAAUGGCUUUGAGGAGGGGCUCAGCACACUAGGACUAGUGUCAGGACUCUUCUCUGCCGUUUGGUCAUGUGGAAUGUUUGUGGGACCAACACUAGGCAGCUACAUCACACAAAAGUCAAAUUUUGAAUAUGCUUCAGCUUGUCAAGGAGGACUUGCCUUCUUCGCAGCCACCCUUCUAGGCAUCUACUCACUCUACGAGCGCCAUAAAAAGAGGUCUAUCAGGCCCACAGAGACCCCACCUGAUGACCGAACGCCUCUCCUUUCUUCCCCUCAUCCCUCAUGACCGGCUAUAAAUGCCCGUCCACAUCCUGCUCUUGGAAUUUCAUAGUGCCUAUAGGAGCAGCUGAGCUGAGCUGAGCGGAGCUAGCUAUGUAAACUUUGCACCAUAUCAGAUACUAUUUAAUCCAAGAGCCUCUAAAUUAUGUAAUAUCUAAUAUAAAUAAUAAUGUGCACUACUUGUUGUAAUUUUGUUUUUAUUUUUUACAUUUCUCGUGUUUGAGUCUGAGAAAAGUCUGUAAAAUUAAAUCAAUUUAUGGCUA